AGGGUUUUUACGGUAGAGAGUCUAAGGUGUUGCUGAGAAGUAGUGAGGGGCAGCACAACCGGCGGCAUAAGAGGCGGCGGGAAGAGUCAAUUCACAGACACCAAACUGUAACAUGGCGAGAGGAUUGAAGAAACAUUUGAAGAGGCUCAAUGCCCCAAAGCAUUGGAUGCUUGACAAGCUUGGUGGAGCAUUUGCUCCCAAGCCAUCUUCAGGGCCACAUAAGUCCAGGGAGUGCCUGCCGUUGAUCCUUAUUAUGAGAAACAGGUUGAAGUAUGCACUGACAUACCGAGAAGUUAUUGCCAUUUUGAUGCAACGGCAUGUUUUGGUCGAUGGCAAGGUCAGAACAGAUAAGACUUAUCCUGCUGGCUUCAUGGAUGUUGUCUCAAUCCCUAAAACAAAUGAAAACUUCCGUCUGCUCUAUGACACCAAGGGCAGAUUUCGUCUCCACUCAGUCAGGGAUGAAGAGGCAAAGUUUAAGCUUUGCAAGGUCCGAUCUGUCCAAUUUGGGAAGAAGGGAAUACCAUACCUCAAUACUUAUGAUGGGAGAACCAUCCGUUAUCCAGAUCCUCUUAUAAAGGCCAAUGAUAGCGUCAAGUUGGAUUUGGAGACAAACAAGAUUGUUGAUUUCAUUAAAUUCGAUGUUGGGAAUGUUGUAAUGGUGACUGGUGGCAGAAACAGGGGACGGGUUGGAGUCAUUAAGAACAGGGAAAAACAUAAGGGUAGCUUCGAAACCAUUCACGUCCAGGAUGCACUUGGCCAUGAGUUUGCUACUCGCCUGGGAAAUGUUUUCACGAUAGGUAAAGGUACAAAGCCUUGGGUGUCUCUACCAAAGGGGAAAGGCAUCAAAUUGUCCAUCAUCGAAGAGGCAAGAAAGAGGCUUGCUGUGCAAUCAGCUACAACUGUUUAAUGGCGUUCACCUCCAAGGACACGUUCAAUCGAAUCUAGAUUUGGAUGUACGUACUUAUUUCGUUGGAUUUCAAUUUUCUUUUGACUUUAACACAUUUUAAUUUUUUGACGAGCUUUAAUAUUUGAGGAACCAUAUGAGCUUAUUUUCAGUUAUUCAUAUCAAGCUUUCUUGGAAUUAGACUUAAAGCAGGAAACAUGUAUCAAGCUUAGAAACAGACGUCUAGAUUGGAAAUAUGAUGUUCGAAAUAACAUGUUGACCACUGAAAUAUAUGCUGAAA